UAACCCCGGAAGUUGCCUCUGAGCGCCGAAGCAGUUCCGGUUCGAUUGUGGAAGGUUGUUGAUGUUGGAGCUGCUGUCUCCGCGUCCGGCUCAAACAUGGGGAAAUCUUUCGCCAACUUCAUGUGCAAGAAGGACUUCCAUCCAGCGUCCAAGUCCAACAUCAAGAAAGUAUGGAUGGCUGAACAGAAAAUAUCAUAUGAUAAGAAAAAACAAGAGGAAUUGAUGCAACAAUACCUUAAGGAACAAGAAUCAUAUGAUAAUAGGUUGCUUAUGGGUGAUGAACGUGUAAAGAAUGGCCUUAAUUUUAUGUAUGAGGCCCCACCAGGAGCUAAAAAAGAAAACAAAGAGCAAGAAGAUGCAAAAGGAGAGACUGAAUACAAAUUUGAAUGGCAGAAAGGAGCCCCACGAGAAAAAUACGCAAAGGAUGACAUGAAUAUCAGAGACCAGCCAUUUGGUAUUCAGGUACGGAAUGUGAGGUGCAUUAAGUGUCAUAAAUGGGGUCACGUCAACACUGAUAGAGAGUGUCCUUUGUUUGGUCUUUCUGGAAUCAAUGCAAGUUCAGUUUCCAGUGAUGGCUCAGGGCCAUCAAUGCACCCCUCGGAGCUAAUAGCGGAGAUGAGAAACAGUGGGUUUGCACUAAAACGAAAUGUACUGGGGAGAAACUUGACCGCAAAUGAUCCAUCACAGGAAUAUGUCGCAAGUGAGGGUGAAGAAGACCCAGAAGUUGAAUUCUUAAAAUCACUAUCAACUAAACAAAAACAGAAACUACUCAGGAAGUUGGAUCGCCUUGAGAAGAAAAAGAAGAAAAAGAAAAGAGAUAGAAAGAAGCAGCAGCUGCAAAAGAAGAAAAGCAGAAAUAAACACAAAAAACAUAAGAACAAAUCAUCCUCCUCCUCCUCUAGUUCUACCACCUCCUCCUCUUCUUCCUCCUCCUCCUCCAGUGAAACUUCAGAAAGUAGCAGUGAGAGUGACAGCCAAGAGAGAAAAACACAAAAGAAGAGGACUUCUAAGAAGAAGAAAGCCAAGUCUUCAGAAGGUGACAGCAGUGAUUCUGAAGGAAAGGGGGGGAAGUCUCUGAAGGCCAAACUUGAUGAAGAGCCCUCCAGUAGUCAUAGUCACAAGGAGAAGGCGAGGGAGAAGUCAGGGUUUUCAAAGCAAGAGAGUUCUGGGGAGAAUAACAAAUGGAGCUACUGUGAUUCUGAAAGAAAGUCCAAGAGGCAGAAUCACAGCCUGGGCAAGAGAGGAUCUGAAGGCAAGGAGAGGAAUAGUGGGAGCCAAAGCAGGGAAGAGAGGGAUCACAAAAACUCCAGCAGAAGUCACAGCAGUUCUAGGCCAAGACAGACAAGAAAGAGACCAAGCCGGAGCCCCAGCCAAGAGCAGAGCAGGAAGAGGGAGUCCCAGAGCUCCAGCCGAUGUAUGUAUAGAGGUGAAAAGAGACACAGAGAGGACUCAAGGGAUGAGCAUGGUAGGGCAUCGCACAGAUCACGGAGCAGGAGUGGAGACCGAAGAAAGAGAGAGUAUCUGUGACAGGUACCUGGAAAUAGAAAUAGCUCCACUCUUUUAUUGACUACCUUCCCCAAGGGCUAAAUUACGUACUAUUGUCUUUCUAAUAAAAAGCUCUAUUUUCAUUUCCCACUCCUGUAAACUGUCAUUUCAUGCACAAAACUCCAUCAGUACCAUGAGAAUGAAUCUUGUGAAUAUUUGUAAGUAGCCUAUUUUUUGUCUGUAGAAAUAUUUUCUUUUGGUGUUUGUUGUUUUCCUAUGCUAAAUGAACACUCAUAUAACUUUGUAAAUGACAUUUUCUUUGUUUUGAAAUAUCUUUUUUUUUUAAAAGAACGACAGUUCAUUGAAUGGAUAUAAUUUAAUUUGGAUUUCUUAUCAUUUUUAAGCUUUAAAUUUGCUUUGAGGAAAGCAUAAUCUUUGUAAAAUCCUGUUGUAUGAUUAAAUGCUAGAAUAAUAUUUCCAACUCCUUCUGGGGUAAGGAGUGGCCUGAAUAUAAUGUUUCAGGCAAUACUUUAGGGAGUUUGGGUACUGGAUUUUUUUUAUUCUUAAACUUCUAUCUUAGAGGGCAGUUUUCAUGAGCUAAAUAAUGGUUUUAAAAGUUCUGCAGAAAUGUAUAACAUGUUUUGGCCUCCUGCAGUGUAUAAUGGGGUGAAGACUAUCUUAACAUCAUGAACCCCUGUUGGUCUUUGUCACUGUGGAGUCAAGUUAUUGUUCGAUAAUUUUUCAAGACAUGAAAAGAAUACUGUUUGCAGCCUUAACUGUUUCCAGGUAUUUCAUUCUAGGCAGUAGGAUAUUAACUUGGAUGCCUUUUUUCUGUUGGCACACAGCUGUUAAGCUUUUAUUUUUCUAAAGGUUUAAGUUUUCACUUUGUGUCAUAAAGAUGAACCAUUUUAAUAAAUUCCAUUAUUUUUUAGAA